UCUUCUUCUUUUAUUUUUCUUUGCCAUUUUUAGUAGUCAAAUUUCAAAACCUUUUUCUCUCUCCUCAUUUGGGUCAUCAUAUUUUUCUUGUGAGAGUGAAGAAAAUGACUCAAGGUGCUACAAAGAAGAAACGGCAGCAAAAGAAAAAGAAUUCAAAGGAUAAAAUUUCAGAGGAUGAAAUAACAAAGAAGAUUUCAGCUUUGUGGGAGCAAGAAAGAUUACAAGAGUGCUUGGAUUUUAUCAUUUCUCUUGAUGAUGAGUGGUUGAAAAAUUUAAAAGUCUAUUCUAUGAAAGUGCAUGCACUUGUAGGUUUGAAACGGUUUGAAGAGGUAUUGGCUUUGCAAAAACGACUCGAAGAAUUUGGACAUAAAACGACUUUGGCACUUGGUGAAUGGUUUAUGUUUGCUUAUGCUAACAGAAAGCAAAAUAAUAUUUUGGAAGCAUAUCUCCUUUAUAAAUAUGUGCAUGAUCAGAAGGGUGCAGUCUGUGUAGAUGAUGAAGCAUUCAAAAACUGUCUCAAAUGGAUAAAAAGACUACAACCGAAAGUUCAACCAGAUUUGGAUAGAAUUGCAGUGGAAAGAGCUAGUAAAUUUUUGGAUGAUGAGCGUGCUGCCUCCUCUUCCACCAAGGCUCCUGCCUCCUCUUCCACCAAGGCUGCGACCUCUUCCACUCAAGGCUGCAUCCACCCGACCAAGGCUGCAUCCACUCCGACCAAGGCUGCAUCCACUUCGACCUUGGUUGCGUCCGCUUCGACUUUGGCGAUCCCUUCUUUGACCUUGGAUCCCUCAUCUUUGGGUGUGGAUGCCUCUUCCCAAAAAAUGAUGAAGUUUACAGAGGAUGGUGUGAUAUACUUUGAAAUGACCCAGCUUGAUGAAUUUUCAUAUCUUGGUGUAAUGAAGAUAGGCGGGAGUUCUUUUCCCAAGUCGUAUAUCAAAAUUGGCGAGAAUUCUACUUCAGAUGUCUCAAUUAGGCUUAAGAAAAACUCAUGCCUAUUGAAAAUUGAAUUUUCAAUGUAUUUCCACUCCCUUUCCAGUAGGGUAGCAAUUGUUGAGCCGGUCCGUCCAGUAAAAGUGUUCUUUGAAUUGAAGCUUGAAGAUUUCAAAUCGGAAGCAAUGGCUCAAACUUGUAAAAAAUGGUGGGAAUAUAUCAAAGACGACUUUCUAUCAAUAUUUCGAGGCGUAAUAUGUGGCAUGCUUGUCAUAUAUUCAGAUCAAAAAGUCUGUAGUGAUCUGGAAAAAUCACUCUACGUUACUGAGGAGGGAGAAGCCAAAAUAUUGCAUAUUUCUCAAGAAAAAUUUACAUUCAGUCAAGCGCAAAAAGAAGUGUCUGAUUUGUUGUCCAUUAUUGAAGGAGUCAUUACUUUGAUAAGACCAAGAUCAAGACCAGAUUUGGAAACUUGGCGUAAAGAAUUUGAGCUAUCUUAUGAACUGCCUUUAGAAUUAGGUCAUUUUUUAAACAGCUUAAGAGUCAGGAAAAUAUGUGAUAACAUUCAUCCAAUGUUGUUGAUUGAUCACCCGUUUAUCUGGUCGAUAAAUCAUCGGGUUUCAUUCAUCCAGUCUCUUGAAGUGGCUAUUAAAGAAAGGUUAAUCAAUGAGAAGGCUUUCAAUAAUGAAAUGACUCCGAAUUUUAGGACUCAAAAUUGGAGGAUUGAAGUCUCAAAUGACUUGUUAUUGUCAGCAACUUUUAUGUUAAACCAUUUCGUGUCAUUAAUUUUAUUCAUGCAGUGUUUUCCCAUGCUAAUGACUAUCAAUAUGAUACUAUACGCGGGAAAAAGGGUGGUUUGACUCUUGAGGAAAGAGAAAGUCUAAUUACAAAAGUGUUUCCUUCAAUAUAUACAACACUUUAUGACGCCCUGUGUGAUUAUGCAAAAAAUUCUAGUUGGGGAUAUACAGAGUCAUUUUCAGAUGUUCUUAAAAGAUUUUCAAGUUGUGGAUCUCAAUAUUGAUUUCCUGUUCCUGUUUGCAGGUAGGUGAAGGGGGUCGAUAAAUGAAUUGAUCCACUAGAUGCAUACCCUCUGAUGUCUGCAACACUAGUAGCAAGCCUGAUUUAUUUUUUGGUUCAGACAGAUCAUUGUGUUGCUUGAGAUUUAAGUAUAGAGCUGACUUUUUCUUAUGUGAGCUAAGCUACUUCUGGAGAAGUUAAACAUGGAACUACUGUUGUUUACGCAUGGGGUUUUUAUUCUCAAAAGAAAUAUGUCUGUAAAAUUGUACCUGAAUUUUCUAUCCCCGGAUCAAUGUGCAGCAAGUUGAGACCUUAAAAUUUAUGCUUCUAAACAUAUCUGUUAAUUUUAUGCUAAAGCUUGACUCAUUGAGCUUCCUACUUAUGCACUCAAUUUGACAAUAAUAAUGCUAGCAACAAUCUACUUUUUCUACUUCUAGUAUAUGA